AUGGACACAACAUUUGACUGCUUUCUCAACCUCCCGGCCGCGGCCUUCCCCUGGACUGCUCGCGACAGUAAACCCAGCGGAAAGAGCGGCGAGAAGAGCGGUCAGGCGAACGCGAGCAAUGCGGCACAGCGCGCGGCGCGGAAGCAGCUGCUCGCGGCGCUUAUGCAAGCUCUCGCGGACUCAACCGCGGACGACACCGCCGCCGCGGAAGCCGCUGACGAGCCGGAAGCCGCCGACGAGCCGUCCUCUCCGGACUCCCUCGAUGAGAGGGAGUUCCUCCCAUCCGCGGCGCUGCCAGCAGGGUCGCGGAAGCGCAAGGCGGCGGAGAUCGAGGAGGUUCCUUCCGCGGAUGCGCCUGUCGAGGGCGGAAGCGAGGGGGAGUCGGAGGUGACGCGCCAGCUGCGCCGUGCGAUUGCUGAUGUCAUCCUCCGCGGCAGCGGGGCCGGCGGACCAUGCCCCGCACCCGGCGCUAAUUCCUCCGACGCUCCCGCGCCGCCCGAUGCGGCUGCGCAGCUGCCACUGGCAGUGGUUACCACUCAUGCCGCCAACCGCGCUGGCAGGACGCUCGCCCAUGGUCCGCUGCCAAUGCCCUUUCGCCUGCCCAUCGCCAAUGCACACCGUGCGUCACCCGCUGCGCCUGCGUCACUAGCAGCGAUGGCCGCGCCAGAAACAGCAGCUUGCAUGAACUACCUGGACAAUUCAGAUUAUGACAUGGCGGGUUUUGGCGGUUUUGGAGGUUUUGGCGGAAGUCCCACGUGCGGAGGCGCCAAUGGGGCGGCGGAUCAUGAUGCGGAUGAUUGGUUGCCGCGCAAUCGCGGGCGCAAGGACAGGCAGAUGGCGGGGGGGCGCAUCAAGGCGCGGAGCAUGGCGGAGAGGCAGAGGCGGGAGAGGAUCAGUGAGGGGCUGCAGAAGCUGCGGUUGGUGGUGCGCGGGCAUGGGGACACUGCCACCAUGCUUGACAAGGCUGUCGCGUAUGUCGAUGCGUUGCAGCGCAGAGUGACCGCGCUGGAAACCGCCCUGCUGCUGCACCAAGCGUCAUGCAAGCACCCAGAGCUGCACAAUGGUUGCUCCCUAGACUCCCCUGGAGGAUCUUCUGAGCUUUUGUAA